AUGGCACCAUGUGUUUUGGCUCCAAGUUCCAACACGUCUCAUUCUCUCUCGCUGUCUCUCCUCGCUGCUGUCCGUCCCUGGGAUCGGGCUCAGCACUCACGGGGAGCAAUGUCCGUGGUUACCGUUCAAGUUGGACAAUGCGGCAACCAACUGGGGGCAAGCCUUUUCCAGGCUCUUCACGACCACGCUAGUCAGCCACCCGCUCACCACGGCCACACUUCAGGUACGGAAUCGGAGCGAGCGAGAUCCGCUUGCCGUCAAAGCUUCUUCCGCGACGGCGGCGUAGCGAGAGCUGUCAUCAUCGACACCGAACCCAAGGUCAUCCAACGCAUCGUUGCCACGCGCGGAAGAGCAGAAGAAAGCACAGGAGCAGGAGCCAGGAGAGCUGCAGGAGGAAGGGAGAGCGCCUAUGGAAAAACGGCCCAAAGACGUACCAACACCACUGGUGACAGAAAUCACAGCACGGUUGGAGGUGGAAGUAGGGGGGGGGGAUGGAGGUACGACAGCGGGACGCAGGUGUGCUGCCACGCGCAGGGCGGAGCGGCGAACAACUGGGCCUACGGCUAUCAUGCACACGGCGCCACCUUUAGUGAGGCAUGUCUUGAGGGCGUUCGGAGAGAGACGGAAAGGUGCGACCGCUUGACGGGGCUCUGCAUCCUCCACAGCCUGGCGGGCGGGACGGGAUCCGGCUUGGGCACAUGUCUCACAGAGGCGCUGCGGGAUGAAUUACCGUCAGCCUUCUUGCUCAACACCGUGGUGGGCGCCCACAGCUCGGGCGAGGUCAUCCUUCAAAACUACAACACUCUGUUUACUCUGAGCAAGCUUGCCAAGUGCUCGGACGGCGUUCUGGUGGUUGAAAACGAUGCGGCGACAGCUGUGUGCCGGAAGCUCCUCCGACUGGAGCGUCCUUCCCACACGGACUUGAACGAGGUCAUAUGCAGCAGCCUGGUGGCAGCUCUCACCCCGACGACGACGGCGACGACUGCGCCUGCCGCCUCCGCAUCGGCGAUGGGAACCGGGGUUGGACAGGGAGGAGGGGGAGAGGGAGGGGGUAUGUUGUUGCACCUCGGAGACAAGCUGGCUCACCUGUGCCCGAACAAGGACUUCGUUUUCCUGAGGGCCUCCAUAGUGCCGCAGGAAUCGACAGCGUUUGAGGGGUCACGAGGCGAACGAAUCGGCGUGGGCCUGAACCAGUCGGUCGCGUCCCUCCUGACGUUUCACGGGACCCCUGUGGGAGGAAGCGGAGCGACGCAACCGCCACCGCCACCGCCACCGCCACCGCCAGAAUGCUUCAGGAUUCGCGGAUUGUACGCGGGUUGGUCCCCGACGCCGUUGAUGGAAUGCCGGUCCCCGCUUCGACUCCACGGCCACGAGCGAGCCAUCUCGCUUCUCUCUAACUCUCAGGCGGUGCUUGGGGUGCUGGAGACGGCCGUCGGGAGGUCGCGCGACAUGUUCUCGGCGGGCGCCUACGUGCACCAGUACGCCCAGUUCGGCGCGGAACGUGAAGACUUCGAAGAGGCUUUCCUGGGCGUGGAGCAGGCGGUAGAGAACUACCGGAGCCUCGGGUAG